AUGAAACAACAAAGAUCUUCUAUCAAUCGUCGGAUAUCAAGAGGACGUGGGAAUUAUUCUAACAAAAAGAAAUGGAAACGUGAUGGAAAAGAGAAUAAACCAAAGAAGGAUAACGAUGAGGAAAUUAUCAAUCGAGCGAGCAAGAUAGGAGGAACUCUGAACCAGUUUGACUUUGUGGACUCUAUAUCAUCCCAACCAUCAUAUAAAUGGACAGAUUUAACACCAGCUCCUUUGGCAUCAUCUGACAUUACGCCACCAAGGAAAAAGACAAUUACAUCACUAAAACUGUUAUGUGCAUUAGAAUUGGCAAAAAAUGUACAACUUAUAGAUUCAAAACUACUUGAUGCAGCUCCGUGGUCAAUAUGGAAACUAGUUUGGUUGAAUAUACUUAAAUUUGGACAAGAUUCACCAAGUAUUUAUAGAAAAUUUGUAAACAAGUUCCAUAAUCAUCAUUCAUUUAAAGCUCAUAGACUACCAAUUGGUAGCAAUGAUAUUCGUCAUGAACUAAUACUUGCAAGUAGUAUCCCAGGAAAUAGAUUGCAUCGUUUUGAAACCGUAUUUAGGAACAUUCAUCUUGAGGAUAUAUUGCAAUUCAUCAACAUGUGGAAUCCUCUGGUGUUUAUGGAUCUUUCGUUGGUGAAAAUGCAACGAGACGAUUAUUUUACAAUAUUCAACAUCAAUGACUUGAUGGUGCUAAAUCUUAGUAAUCAUGAGAUUGACAACACCAUUAUAGGAGCUUUAUGUUCAAGUAUCAAAAGUGGGAAACUUUCUAAAUUAAAAUUACUCAAAAUCCACAACACUCGAGUCACCCCUACGGGAAUUCUUGAUUUGUUUAAACUAAGUAAUUCCUCAAGUGUUUUAUCAUGUAUUGAAACUGAUAUUCAUAUGUCAUUGGAUAAAGAUGGCUAUGUUACAGGUACUGGGUGGCAUAAGUUGGAUAAGACUCGACACUCCUUAAUAUGUAAACUACCGUUGGGUUUGAAACUAAGUACUUUAAUACGUCAGAAGAUUAUUGAUUCGAGAAGCAUCAACCUUAAUGAGGAACUGAUCUUGGACUUAAUGAUGGUAGACGAGGUAUCUAACGAUAAGCAUACUACAGAAGUGACGAUUAAUGGCGCUUGGGAUUUGAGAACCAAAGCAGCACGCAGAGUCUACCUCGGUGAGACGUUUGUUUUAAAUCGAAAAGUGACUAGUGAAGAGAAACGCAUAUCAACACUUUCAUCCAAACCUCAACCACGAAAGAAACAGAAAAGAGUUCAAUUAAAUGCAAAGGAGUUUUUCUGUAUAUAG